GCCAGGACGUGCCACUGUGUCUGUCGCUCUGUCGCCAUACAAGCCCUCCACGCACACACGCCCAGGCCCUGCAUCGCUGCCACGCUCGAAAACGCACACAAAUGCCGUCACAUCUCGGCAUCCAGCCGUCGCUCGACACGAUACGCGAGGUUCUGGCUGCAGCAGCCGCCUCGCCCAACCCGCCGAACCUCGUCCCCGUCUUCUCCUCCAUCUCCGCCGAGUUCCUGACCCCGUCGAGCAUAUACCUCAAGAUUUCUGCAAAGUCAAAGUCAAACCUGUCGUUCCUCUUCGAGAGCGCUGCCACGACAGAGACGAUUGGGCGAUAUAGCUUUGUUGGAGCAGACCCUCGCAAGGUCAUCAAGACCGGCCCCGGCCAUGGCGAAGCGACCGACCCCCUCCCUCUCCUCGAGAAGGAGCUCGCCAAGAGCAGAGUCGCGACCGUGCCGUCGAUACAGCUACCUCCCAUGACCGGCGGCGCAGUUGGAUACGUGGGCUACGACUGUGUCAAGUACUUCGAGCCCAAGACACGACGUGAUGACGUGAAGGACAUCCUCGGUGUGCCAGAAAGCCUCUUCAUGCUCUUCGACACGAUUGUGGCAUUGGACCAUUUCGCCCAGGUGGUCAAAGUCAUCACAUACCUCAAGGUGCCAGAAAGUCUCGACGACCUGGAGCAGGCAUACAACGAGGCCAAGGCUACACUGAAAACAUAUAUGACAGUCUUAAAAGAUAAAGACAUCCCCAUGCCAGAACAGGGGCCCGUCCAACUAGGGAACGAGUACACGUCGAAUAUUGGCCAGGAGGGUUACGAAAACCACGUGAAGAAGCUCAAGGAGCACAUCAGCGUGGGCGACAUCAUCCAAGCAGUGCCGUCACAACGCUUUGCUCGCCCUACCUCACUGCACCCGUUCAACAUCUAUCGAAACCUCCGCAACGUCAAUCCGUCGCCGUACCUCUUCUAUGUCGAUUGCAAAGACUUCCAGAUUGUCGGUGCAAGCCCAGAGCUGCUGGUCAAAGAGGAUCAAGGCAGAAUCAUCACACAUCCCAUCGCAGGUACUGUCAAGAGAGGCAAGACAUUACAGGAAGAUGCAGCCCUGGCUGACGAGCUUUCAAACUCGCUCAAAGAUCGGGCGGAGCACGUCAUGUUGGUGGACCUUGCGCGGAAUGACGUAAAUCGUGUUUGCGACCCACUCACUACACGGGUAGACAAACUCAUGGUUGUGCAAAAGUUCUCGCACGUGCAACACCUGGUCUCGGAAGUGUCAGGGGUGUUGCGACCUGGCAAAACGCGAUUCGAUGCUUUUCGAUCCAUAUUUCCCGCCGGAACGGUGAGCGGUGCACCGAAAGUGCGCGCAAUGGAACUCAUUGCUGAGCUGGAGAGGGAGAAACGCGGUGUGUAUGCUGGCGCGGUAGGCUACUUUGGAUAUGGCAGCGUGGAUGGUGACAAGGAGGUGGAAGGCGCCAUGGAUACGUGCAUUGCGCUCCGGACCAUGCUUGUCAAAGAUGGAAUCGCCUAUCUCCAGGCUGGGGGUGGUAUCGUAUUCGACUCGGACCCGUACGACGAAUGGAUAGAAACGAUCAACAAACUAGCCGCGAACACACACUGCAUCACCUCAGCCGAAGAGAAGCAUCUGGCCGAGCAGACAGGCGGCGAGGCCGACGACGACAACAAACCAUAACAGCACGACUACUGGACAGGAUGGAGGAAGUGGCAAAGCCGCGCAAUCCCUCGCGGGGCUGGUGGACUGCGCCACGCGAGGCUGGUGAGUGGUGGAAUCGAAAGGG